AUAUUUAAUUUUCCAGGCACAAUUUGCAUGGUGGGAACCUCCUCAUGGAGGAUUCAAGUUAUGUCAACCAUGGAAGGAAUAUCUGAAGAUAGGGAAUCUUGCGAGGGAAUGUGCCCAUCAUAUUCAAACACUUGGAGAAUGCUUAAUUCACUCUAAACCUCAGGUAGCAUCAGAAAUUCACAGGAAAAUAGAAAAAACAUGCACAACAAUGAGCAAAGAAACAGGCAAAGCCCUAAGAGAAGUGUCGUCCACAAUUAAAGAAAAGAGAUUUCCGUCACCUUCCCUCCAAAGCCAUAUACAAAAGUCAAAAUCCGAAGGCGUUGACCUCAUAACCGAGCUCGAAGAAUUCUCUCUACCCUUACACGACCUCCAAGAAACCAUGAAACUAUUCGUUGUUGCAUCAACACUUUGUGACAUCGUUAGAAUUGUCGAAGAGAUUUCGGUCUCUGUUGCUCAACUUUCUACAAAGGCGCGUUUCGAAAACCCGAAAUCCACACCUACAUAUUGUGACAAACAACGACAGCUGGCAACCGUUGAGCCCCUUGACAAUAUUGAUCAAUGCAAAGACUGCGUUGUGAUUGAUGUUCAUGAGCAAGAACUGCGGAUAUAGAAUAUUCUUUAAUUAUAAGAAUAUUUUUUUGGGUUUCGGUUUUGGUUUAUAUAUAUA